AUGAACUGGUUUCGUAAAUGGGCAUCAUCUGAAUUUAAGCCAGAUGCUAUCAAGACCUAUAAGACACGUCCCAGUCUCCCGAUUAGUGUCUUCAUUCCCGCCACUUACUCUGCCAAGUCUUCAACUGCAGCUCUACCAACACUGUUUACUAUUCAUGGCGGUGGCUUCACCAUCGGCGAUCCCGCAGAUGACAACAAAUGGAAUAGAACUUUUGCAAACACUCACGAUGUUCUCGUGAUUGCAUUGAAUUACUCUAAAGCACCUAUACACCCUUAUCCAGCCGCGAUCUAUGACAUUGAGGCUUUGAUCUUGGCUAUCCUUGCCGAUGACUCUUUGCCUAUUGAGAAGAGUAAAUGCGCUAUUGCCGGAUUCAGUGCAGGAGGAAAUCUCUCUUUGGCUGUAUGCCAAUUGGAAGGAGUGAAGAACGGCUUCAAAAAGCAUGGCAGCGACGGCUUCCGUGCUGUAAUCCCUGUAUAUCCAGGCCUCGAUCGGACAAUCACCAGAGACUUCAAAGCAACUCAGCGGUAUUAUAAACCUUCUUUAUCACCAAACCGAAACACGGCAAAGGACUUCCUACUGCCUCUGGGAAAGACAUUUGACUGGAGUUAUAUCCCAAUCGGACAAAAUCUUCGAGAUCCACUUUUGAGCCCCAUCUUUGCUCCCAGAAACGCUUUACCUCCUCAUAUGUUCUUCAUAGCUUGUGAGCUAGAUCUAUCCUGCCAUGAUGCAUGGCGAAUGUCUUCUCGGAUGGCAGGUCGUCCAGAGCCUUCGAUGGACCAGAAAUGUGGACGAGAGGAGCCUGGCAAAGAAGGUGAGCUGGAACUGGUUGACGAGAGAUUUGCAUGGGAGGUGAAGAAAGAGGGUGUAAGAUGGCUACUCAUUCCUGACGUGGUUCAUGGUUUUGAUCGAAUGCCUCCCUCGAUGUUGGGAGAUGCGACGACUGUUCAAGAUGCGGAGGUGAAGAAUACCAAAGUGAUCAAGGAGAUCGGAGAAUGGUUGGAGACAAGGGUCUGGCCCGAAUGA